AUGUUUCUGGUGAGGACGUAUCGGGUCGUGUUGACUAUGCUUAUGUGCAUAAACUUCGUAAUGUUGAUAUUAGUGAUACGAACUGUUUAAAUCCGUAUAAUACGGAUUACACAAAGUCAAAUCCGUAUCCAUACGGAUUGAUUGGCAAUCCGCAUAAUUU